AUGGCGGGGGAGGCGGGCGGCGCCGCGCUGGGCCGCGCGGCCGACAAGCUCUUCUCGCUCAGCGGGCUCUUCGCCGUCCGCAAGCCCAAGGGACCCACCUCGGCCGCCGUGCUCAACCUGCUCAAGGAGCGGCUGCUGGCAGAAGCCGGUGUGCAAACAAACAGGAACAAAAGAAAUCAGGUUUUGAAAAUUGGACAUGGAGGAACUUUGGACAGUGCAGCCACAGGAGUUCUGGUGGUUGGAAUUGGAAAAGGAACAAAAAUGUUGGGAACUAUGUUGGCAGGUUCUAAGAAGUACACUGCCAUUGGAAUGCUGGGCAAGGCUACUGAUACAUUGGAUGCUACAGGAAAAGUAACUGAAGAAAAACCUUAUGACCAGGUAACAAAAGGAGAUCUUGAAAAUGUUCUGCAAAAGUUCACAGGGGACAUCAUGCAAGUUCCCCCACUCUAUUCUGCUUUGAAGAAGGAUGGAGAAAGGCUUUCAACUCUGAUGAAGAGAGGGGAAGCAGUGGAAGCAAAGCCUGCUCGGCCUGUGAGGGUGUACAGCCUUUCUCUCCAGCAGUUCCAGCCACCACUGUUCACGCUGGGUAAAGAUGUUGAAUGUGGUGGUGGCUUUUAUGUCAGGAGCCUGGUCAAUGACAUUGGCAAAGAGCUCUCCACCUGUGCCACAGUGCAGGAGCUGACCCGCACCAAGCAGGGGCCGUUCACGCUGGAGGAACACGCUCUGCAGGAGGACAAGUGGACAAUUGAUGAAAUUGCUCGGUCCUUGGAGCACUGCACAGCCCUGCUCCUGGGAGAGCCAGCUCGGAAAAAAUUGAAGACAGAGCAUGCUGGUGAAACUGCUGUGAUCUGUGAGGAUAAGCGAUAAGUUGGGUCAAGGAAAAAGACUGAAUGAUUGAGAUGUUUUAAGAUUGCAUUGGGAUUGUCUCGCCUCCUGUGUAAAUCUACAAGUCUCUGCUGGGAAGGUGACAAACUGCAACACAGGAGAAAUGGUUUUUGUUUCCUGGGGUUACAAUGUGCGCUGAAAAUAUCCAGUGCUAACUGUUUCUUGAUUGUUUAUUUUCCUUCUUGCGCACUGUAACCGAUGCCAAACUUUUAUAGACUUUUAAAGAACUUCCAGGGUGCAAGAUGGCUGCUGUUGUGAAUUCAUCAAUAAAAAAUAUAUAUAUACAAUAAUGUCUGAUAAAUGUGCGCCAAAAAUAUUUUCUUUUUCUUUGCAGCUGGUAAUCAAAUCCUGAAAUGCCAUGGUGACAAGUCUGUCAUGGCUUGAAAGACACGAGAAUGUGAUGUGGCAGUUUGCUUUCUUGAAAUCCAUUUCAUUAUAUAUUCAUUUUACCAUAGUUUUUGCUAUGCAGAUUCUUCUCCAGUCAAAUGUUCCUAGACUGCAGUAUAUGAAGGUGCUAAUAUUUUAAGUCAAGUCUGAAAUAUCAGCCUAAGGGAAUAGUUUCAAGCAUAAACAAUCCCUGAGGAUGACUGGUUUGUGCCUGCAUCUUACAAAAAAGUGUUACAUGGAGUGGUGGUUCCAAACUUACUUUGAGUCUAAGAAAUUAAAUAAAUAUCCUGAAAUUUCUCAUCA